CAUGUGUUUUUCAUGUUUCUUUAACACUUUUCUUGUCUUGUUUGUUUUCAAUUUAAUUUAAACCCUUAAGUUGUUUUGUAUUUUCUUGAUUGUAAUGAUUUAUCAAUUGAAUUUCAAUUUACCUCGAAUUCUUACUUUGCCUAGUUUUAAUUUUACUAGGAUUGUCUGCUUUAGUUCUUCAACAAAGGAUUCUAAUUUAGCAAAGCUUCGUAAAAAAACUGGGUUGGCGUUUGUUCUUUGUAAAAAAGCUUUGGAAUUGCACAACAAUGAUUUAAAUGCUGCUGAAUUGUAUCUUAAAGAGGAAAGCAUUAAACAUGGUUAUGCUAAAAUUCAAAAGUUACAGUCUCGUCGAGCUGUUCAAGGAUUAGUUGGACUUUUUAUGCAUCAUGAGUCUAAACAAUGUGCUCUUUUAGAAGUUAAUUGUGAAACUGACUUUGUUGCUCGUAAUCAAAAUUUCAAACAAUUAGUUGCCCAAUUGACGUCAUCUUUACUUAGCCCGACAACAAAUAAACCAUCACCAUCAAUUUUACCUAAUACAAAUUUGGCAACAAAAAAUGUUUUCGGGCCAGAUGAUUUAAAGUUUUUCAAUGAACAAUUGUCACAAGCUGUGAUACAAUUAGGUGAAAAUAUCAAGGUUUCAAGAGGGUUAAUUUUACAACUCACUGAACCUCAAAGAGAGGAUCUUCACUUGUUUAGCUAUGUCCAUGCUUCAGGAGAAUCCAUCGCUGACAUCAACAGUGUUAAAUUAGGAAAAUACGGAGCCGUUAUUGUUGCACGUCAGUUACCAAAUGAAGAACGAAAAGAAUUGCCCAAAGUUGAAACUGCUGAGUCCCAGCCUGUGACGAAGAAACAAUCAAAUGACUCUGGCGUGGAAGAUCAAAAGGAAAGAAAAUUAACUGAUGAAGAAAUUGACAAUCAAGAGUAUGAUAUCGAGUUUGGGGAGGAGGAACCAGUUAAUUAUACAUUCGAUGAUGUGGGGAAAAUUGUUUGUCAACAAAUUGUCGGAUUGAAUCCAACUUAUCUUAAAAAACCUGAAGAAGUUUUAGCUAAAGAGAAAGAAUUGAUGAAACAAGGAUAUAAAAUACCGGAAGAUUCAGAAUAUUUACUGGAUCAAAAAACCAUCGUAAACCCAAGUCUCAGUGUUGCAGAAUUUUGUGAUCAACAUGGUAUUCAUAUAUUAGAUUUUGUUAGAUACGAAUGCGGAGAAAAUAUUGAAAAUUGAAUUUCCAAAUUUUCCAUCCAAUAGUUGUAAAUCAAGCCAAAAGAUGGAGUCUCCAUUCACACAUAAAUCCUUUGUGAAAGCAAUUUGAAAUGAACUCACAAUUGUCAGAUCCAUGUUUAACUUGAAAGAUUAGUCAUUAAAUUAUCAAGAACCAUUUCAAAUUGCUCCUGCUCGUUAUAGUUUUUACAGCUUUAUCACUUUCUUUCGUAUGCAACAGUUUAUAAAUUUAUGUAAAUAGGAAAUAAUUAAGUUAUUUCAAAUAAUAAGACUUAAUUGUCCAAAAUUUGUUUCAUUGAUUCCUAUAACCAAACCUUGUCCUUUAUUAGACUAUAAGUGAUCCAUUAUUGUUCAAUGUAAAGGCAGGUGAUGAGAGAUAUUAAAAAUUGAAGUUGAUCUGUUUGUUGUUGAUUAUUGUUGCAAUCAUGUCCAAAAGGUUGCACCAAAAAUUGACCAGACACUCCUUGAUUGCUUUUGCAGUAGA